ACGACUCCAGUGAAGCAUCUCUCCAGAGUCUGAACUCAUCCUGCUUGGAAAGUCUUGGCCAGUAAUGCUGCCAUCGAGUCAACCUCACUUCUGGGCACUCCUGCUGGUGGUGGUAUCAAACUUGCUACUGUGGGAGAAAGUUGCAUCAAUUCCUGAAUGUCAAACAGAAGAGAAUGGUUGCUCGGAUCCCCUUGUGAUCACAUUUAAGAAUGCCCUUCAGCGAGCUGAAGUCAUCAAUAUUCUUGCUGAUAAAAUGCAUGAAGAGUUUUACCACAACCCAUUCUCAGCUGCACAAUUUGAAACACUUGUUUCACGCAUGUAUAGGCAUGAUGAGGAGGUUCUCAGAGCCAGAAAUCACUGCCACUCUAAUGUCACAAACCCACCAGCUCAUGGACCUGAACAUGAAAAUCUCAAGACAAAAAGAUAUUUAAAAACGAUGAUCAAUUUUAUGGGUGCAUGGAUCACUCCUGUAUACUAUCUAGUGGAAGUACUAAGUGACAUGAAAGAUGUCCCUGAAUCAAUCUACUCAAAAGCUCAGGAGAUAGAAUUGAAAUUCAGAGAAAUUCAUGAUGACCUUACGUGGGUACUCAAAAAGGUCUAUCCUAAAAUAACAUUUUGGGAAAAAACUAUCAUCUGGGAAUACCUUCCAGGCCUAAGAUCAACAGACACAAGUAAAAAAUUUUUGGCAAUGUUCAACCUUUCUCACUGCCUACGCGUUGAUAUAUUCUUCAUUAAAUAUCAUCUCAGUGCAUUGAUGUGCCGCAUAACUGGGCAAGAUUGCUAAGUGCGUGUCUACAUGGUCUGCUCUGGCAAUUGUCCAUGACAGUCCAUUGCUGAGAACUUUCUUUAAAUUGUAUAGCUUUUGAAUACAUGUGUAUGUUUAAUUGGUCUCUUUUUAAAAAAUAAAAGCAUUCUCUUUAGAAAUGUCCAAAUCUAA